UAAGUACGACACAACAUUUCAAAAAAAAAUAUCUAGUGCCAAUUUAUAAUUUUAUAUGGAUGCCGGUCCCACAUAUAUCUUUACCAGAUUUAUUUAGGCAGAACGUUGGUCCAAUAAUCAGCAGCAAAUUUUAUUGCCUUCAUCCGGCCGUUUCUCAGUUGCAUCUUCUUCACUUCAAAGGUAUACGCUCUUAUAGUUGCUACCAGAAAAGCUAGCUAAUAGGUGCAUAAAUUAAAGAAAAAAUAAUGUCCAAGAUUGGAAGCUCUCUAUUGGUGCCUUCUGUUCAGGAGCUAGCAAAGCAAUCCAUCACCCAAGUUCCUGAUCGCUAUCUUGUUCCAAAACAAGACACUCUUAUAAUACCUAAGACAUCUUCUUUUCUACAAUUCCCUAUCAUCGACUUAAACAAGCUGCUAUCUGAAGAUGCAUUUGAGCUUCACAAGUUGGACCAUGCAUGCAAAGAAUGGGGAUUUUUCCAGUUGAUUAAUCAUGGAGUCGACCCUUCGUUGAUUGAAAGUGUGAAGUUAGGCUUUCAAGACUUCUUCAAUCUUCCAAUAGAAGAGAAAAAGAAAUUAUGGCAAAAACCUGGCGACAUAGAAGGGUUUGGUCAAUUGUUUGUGGUGUCUGAGAAACAAAAAUUAGAAUGGGCAGAUGUUUUCAUCAUUAACACACUUCCAUCGUAUGCAAAAAUACGGAUUCAAUUUCUUUCUCAAGAUAAUUGAAUCAUUGCAAUGAAU